AUGAUGUUCACGGUGUUCAAAGUGGUUGCAAUAUUUUGUGGACUAUUCGCGCUCGCUCGCGGACAGUCCACCGAUGUUCAUCGGUGUCUUAUCAGCAAAGGGAUUCUUCCAUUGAACGCUCACGUCCAUGGUUGCACCACGCCGCCGUGUCUGCUGCCGCAACUACAGGAUGUAGUCAUUGAUGUAAUUUUCGAAGCUCCGCGAACCAUCAGCAACAUGACGACGCUGGCGACCGCCAUCCUCAACUUUAUCAUCGAGGUCGACUUUCCCUACGACCUGCAAGCGAACUCCGUCACCUGCAACUUCUUCACCAACACCUUCUGCCCCGUCCUGCAGGGAGAGAUAGUGCAGUACCGCCUCAACAUGUUCAUUGAGAGCGUCUUCCCUGUGAAUACGGUGGCAACUGUCGAGUUCAAGGUGAGAGACAAUGAGGCAGGCGAAGACAUCUGGUGCGUUCGCGUACCCAUCCGAAUACUGCCUCCUCAGCCGGCUGCAGCGAGCGACUCGCUACCAGCGCUACUCACUGCGGAGUAGAAUCUGUGGAAUCUAUAGUCAAAUUUAAU